CACGCACACGCUCAACAGAGUAGUUAUAACCGAACUAAAAUUCACUCUAUGGUGAAGGCAGUUAAGUAGUUAUCAGUCUAGAGUUAUCCAACACCCGGUGGUCAUCGUUUACAGUUGUUGACUGUCUAUUAAAAUAGAUGCAUGUCUCGAAGUUAUGGAAAUAUGCCUAACUUUUAACACGCAAGCAGGACUGCAUUACAUGUUUAAUUGUGCAUGCACUCAGUUUGAAAUGAACACACCUGGUAACUUCAUUACACAAUCUGCUUAGUGCUUACUCUGCAAAGUUGGAAAUACCCCCUGUAUAUCUGGCAGUAGCAUGGUGUGUUUGGGACCAUGGGACGCCCUGGAACAGUUGAGCAGUGAGGUCCCAUUGAUGGCAUCCCCCUACUCGUGUUACAUUACAUUCCACUAGACGCCCCAUAUACUGGGGGCCUUCUGGGGUGCACGUGCUCUGAGCUUACCCAACGUUCUCCACUCUCAGAAUAGUUCUAGGUCUGCCUUGCUUGUUGACUGGACGCCCAAAGCUUGUUUGCUUGUCUGUCUCCUGCUGUCUGUUUGUCGACUUGUAUCUCAUCAUAUGAACAUAAGCUGAAGUCUUCGCAGAGGGACAAGGUCCGGCAGUUCAUGUCCUUCACGCAGGCUGGGGAGAAGACUGCUGCUUACUGUCUGACCCAGAAUGACUGGAAACUAGAGGUGGCCACAGACAACUACUUCCAGAACCCAGACCUCUACUACAAGGAAUCAAUGAAAACCCCUGUGGAGAAGAAGAAGCUGGAACAGCUCUACAACCGCUACAAAGAUCCCCAGGAUGAGAAUAAGAUAGGCAUCGAUGGCAUCCAGCAGUUCUGCGAUGACCUCACCCUGGACCCGGCCAGCAUCAGUGUCUUGGUGGUGGCAUGGAAGUUCCGGGCCGCCACCCAGUGCGAGUUCAGCAAGAAGGAGUUCCUGGAUGGCAUGUCUGAACUGGGGUGCGACAGCCCAGAGAAGUUGAAGGCUCUUCUUCCCAGGUUAGAACAGGAGCUUAAAGACAGUGGCAAGUUCAAGGACUUCUACCAGUUCACAUUCAACUUCGCCAAGAACCCUGGACAGAAGGGUUUAGAUCUAGAGAUGGCUGUGGCCUACUGGAACCUGGUACUGACAGGCCGCUUUAAGUUCCUGGACCUCUGGAACAGGUUCUUAUUGGAACACCACAAACGGUCGAUUCCCAAAGACACAUGGAACCUACUCUUGGAUUUUGGCAACAUAAUCGCAGACGACAUGUCAAAUUACGACGAGGAGGGGGCGUGGCCAGUUCUCAUAGACGAUUUUGUGGAAUUCGCCCGGCCGAUCGUAACAGGAUCCAAACGCAAAACCCACUACUAACAACCCAGCUCUUGAAAGGGGGGCUGAACUUUGGUUCCUCUUCAUUGACUGUUGGAUUUAAAAACAAUAUAUACUUUUUAAGAGGAAACAGAGAAACACUUGAAUCCGUGACACUGCACAACUAUCAGGUAACCAACCUAUGAGGGAAGAGUGAGAGGAAAACACAGGGAAGCAAGGCUUUAUUUCUAUCCUUGUUUGAUGGGAGUCGCCACGUGCACAUUGCCAGCUGGCAGUACAUGUCCCAGCCUGAGGGCCAGCUGGGAAGAGGCCUUGGGGAUAUCAGUGUUCCAGGCAAAGCUCCCUUUGGAAUCUCAGUAUUCCAGUGAAGAGGAGAAAAGGAGAGAUUCCUCCCCUGGCACAGUCUCUCUCUCUCUCUCUCUCUCUCUCUUGCAGCUCUGAGAAUUUGGAUUUACAAGUGUGAAAAAAUGUUGUGUGUUUUUGGGGUUGAUCCUUGUUAGUUAGCUUUGUGUGGCACGCAGGGCUCUGAGGGGACUGUUCAGAACGGGCCUUGUUUCUAAUACAAACACUUUGGGACAGACCGAGCUGCUUGCAAUGUUUGCUCACAACACCAGCGUCAACAAAACUGUUAGUUAUAUACUGUAUAUAUUAUACUGUCUUUUAAAACAGUAUGUACAGAGAAUUAUAUAAAGAAUAAUAUAAAUAAGUUACAUUUAUGAAUAUAAGAGAUUCAUCUUUUUGUGUAAAUUAAAAAUAAAAUAAAAGAUCUGGUAUAUGAUGCCUCAAUAACAUUUGAUAGAAUUUUAGGUCUGGUGUGUACCAAGUCAUUAUUUUAUUUCAACGUUUGGGUUGGAAAAAUUCCAACAUUCUGUGUUUUAGAAUCUUCUUUUGGUUCACUAUGUUAUAUUUGUUAUAAACGAAUACAUUUCAGCCAUUUUAAGUAAAUGGACCAUGACUCUAAAUGUUUGUCCCAUUCGACAUCUGUAUAUUAGGGAAAGGCUGUUCAUUCUGGCCCACAAAGACUGAAAUACUGUUCUGUUCUUCCUGGUUGUUUUGGAGGUUUGGAUAAAACAAAUGUAAUGCAGUGUCUGCAGGCCAAUUAAUGACACUAAUUUGUCAAUUAAGUGUAGGCACAAAAGACCAGCAGGACUGUGGACCUCAAUGACUGUGAUUUGUGCGUUUCUGCAUUACGUAAUUUAAACACCCCAAAUACGGAACCACCAAGCAGUCACUGGGGGGCACUGUUUGUCAUGCAUGUGUGUUUAGAGGGAGCGCUUUGGACAGUGCUUACGUGUGUUGAAGAGGUCCCUGCUGCCCAUCCAUUUUAGUAUUAAUGCCUUUGUGACACGCAUUUAUUUACACUUUGUCAUUCACUAAUCACACAGGUAUUGUUAGUUUGGAAAGGAAUAUUGAAUAAAGCAUGUUUUUAUCAGAAAUUAA